AUGGACCAUAACCUCCUGAUAUCGGAGCUUCAAGCUCUCAUAGUAGAGACUAAGCGCAGGAAUCCAGAUGUGAAGGAUGCCAGUGAAGCUGCUUUGGAGUUAUUGAAAGGUGGUGCACUACCUAGAGAGGUCUUACAUCAAAACGCAGAUACGUUACUUGAACCAAUAACGAAAGGAUGUAAAACACGUAUAGCAAAAGUAAUAGCAAUCAGUAUAGGUGCUUUACAAAGAUUGGUAGCUUUAGGAGGUGUACCUACUGAAAAGCUACCUGAAGUGCUACAGACCCUUUCGAGUGUAGCCAAUCAGGCUGUGGAUAUACAAUUGAGGAUAUUACAGACUCUGUUAUCAAUUUUGACUUUCAACCAUGAUAUUCACGGAGAUAUACUGGGAGAUGCUCUCCUGUUAUGCUUCAAACUUCAGGAUUCACGUGUAUCAGUGGUAUCUUCAACGGCAGCAGCUACUUUACGUCAAGCUGUAAUGUUGAUAUUUGAUCGAUUACCUACACCAAACUCAACAGAAACAGUAUCCUUAUCUUUACCUACCGAUCCGGUGACAAAGACAGAAGUUUCACCAUCAGCUUUAGACGCAUAUUACAUCUUCUCGGAUCUAUGUUUGCUGACUGCUUCUGCGGGAAGUGGUGCAAGUGGAUUUCAUCUUUGGGGUGGAGGUGAAAAAGAAAAGCCCAAUCUGCUCAAACUUCAAAAUUUACAUAGAACUUUCGGACUGGAACUGAUUGAAAGUAUCUUGAGUGGAUAUGAAGAGAGUGUCAAAAAGCGACCUGAAUUGUUAUUUCUCCUUCAACACUCUUUGGACCCUUUACUACUCAAACUGCUCUCCGAAAAACCAUCCUUCCCCAUUGCCUUAAGGGUCUGUCGUUUGAUCUUCCUUUUGAUUCGAUCAUUCACAGACCAACUACCGAAACAAGUUGAGAUGUACCUUUUAACGCUCAUCAGGAUGGGAAUGGGAGAUAAUGAAGGUAAUGAAGAAACAGGAAAGAAAGAGCCUUCUCCAAGUUGGUUGAGAGUUUUGGCUUUGGAGAUAUUACGAGGCAUAUGUGGAGAUGCUUCUCUCCUUCAGAACAUUUAUUCACAUUAUGAUUCCGUUGAAAAUACUCCUAAAUUGUUCAGUAGAGUCGUCUCAUCGCUUUCUCGUUUGAUCAAUGAAAAGCCUGCUUUACUCGGCAUAGGAAAUCAAAUGCACGGCUUGGGGAUACCGCACACGGAUCCAACAAGUCCAGGAACAAACCCUCAUGCCAGUUACUUAGAUCUAGGAAUAGGAAUGGUCAGUUCCGCGGCCAGUGUGGGUGUAAACACGGUCAACGCUAUGAUGGGUGGUCAAGGUGGAGGACUAAGUAGUGCAUCGGGUGUGAAAUUGAGAUUAAUCGAGCAACACGACAAAGCUGAAGCUCCUCUUGUACCCGAAACAUACAUAUACCUUCUAGCUCUUCAAUCCCUGGACGCAAUCGCCAACGGGAUAUAUACUUCGGUAGCCGGAUCAGCGGCAUCUCAAGACUCAGUCAAAGCUAUGGCAUCCUCUUCAUGGCCAGCCCUUCUAGCGGCUUUGUCCUAUUGCAUUGGAACGAAUCUUUCCGACCUCAUCUUCGCGGAAGUCCUCACGGCAUUGCAAGAUUUCACCAUUGCGUGUGGACUAUUGCAACUCAAGACUCCACGAGAUGCCUUUCUCAGUACCUUGGGCAAAUAUGCUGUUCCUCCGCCCGUGGUCUCAGCUAUGCAAUCAUAUAUGGAAACUCCAAAUCCACACCGGAAUCCAAGCGUGGUUUCCGCAUCUGCAGACGCUCUUGGGUUCUCAGCUUUGGGAGUAGGUGGUCCAACUGGUCCUCCAAGUCUUUCAGAACGAAAUUUGGCAUGUCUCAGAAGCACGGUCAAUACUGCCCGGGUACUUGGACCAUCAUUAGGUAAAGCAUGGCAUGAUGUUCUAGAAAUUCUCCAAAAUGCGAAUUUCAUGCUUGCUGCUCGAAAAAUUUCUACAGGUAGAAGACCCACUGCACCUGGCAUCGGAUCUCCUGGUUUUCCCUUAUCACCUGGUACUCCCCGACCUGGAGCAGAAGAUACUGGAGAUAAACCUGAUAUUCUACAAGAUCUGGAUACGGAAUCGAUACAGCUUUUGAUCAAUUCCUUGUUUGACUCCUCAAGAGAUCUUCCGGACAACGCAUUCACCAUUUUCAUUACAGCGUUGUGUCAACUUAGCUCAGAAAUGAUCGGAAUGAAUGCACCAAAUGUACUGUUAAGUGAUGGCAGUGAAUACCCGUCAGUGCCAUCUACGCCAAACAUGGCAUUAUCACCUUCUCAAGAUAAUCAGCGAAGGAGGACAAGUGGUAUUAACAUAUCACAUAGUAUCAAAUCUGGUGAAAGAUCUUUCAGUCUCACCAAACUUAGAGUAGUUUCAACACUGAAUCUAAAUCGGAUAGUGACUCAAGAACCUGAAGUGGGAUGGUCAGUGGUCACCCAACAUCUUUUAGCCGUGGCAAGACAUUUGACUGCUCCAUCAACCACACGAACGCAAGCUUCGGAUACCCUCGGUGAACUACUUUUGGCUGCAAUCAGAAUAGGUAAAGAUGAUCGAAUCCAACAUCAAGUAUUCGACGUUCUCGUUCGACAAGUUGAUAUACAUCCUAUCAGUUAUACGAUUUCAGCAGAUUAUGAAGUGCGGUCGGCUGGGUAUCAAACUCUUAAUCAAAUAUUAGAAUCUUCGGGACAUUCAUUAUCUGUAGGAUGGUCAACAAUAUUUAGGAUGCUAGAUUCUGUCUGUCAAGAUAAAGACAAAGAAUUACUAUCGACGUCACUCAAGCAUACACCUGAGAUGCCCCUUACACCUAUAUCAGAAUAUCGAAGACCGUCAAUGAUGCUUUCCAAGGGAAAUGCCAAUUUAGUGAGAAUAGCUUUCCCGUCCUUGCAACUCAUAUGUACCGAUUUCCUUUCCUCCCUUGAUUUAGACGCUAUGAGAAGUUGUAUAACCUGCCUUGGUCAUUUCGGUCAACAAAAAGAAGAUGUCAAUAUCACACUUGCUGCUAUUGGAUUAUUAUGGACUGUAUCGGAUGCUGUUCAAGGUGAUUCAAAAGAGCUAUGGUUAUAUCUCUUAGCUGAAUUACUGGAAUUGGGUAGAGAUUCAAGGUUGGAAGUUAGGAAUAGUGCAAUGCAGACUCUUUUCAGAUGUAUAGAAUUAUAUGGAUCAGGACUAUCCCCAGCACUAUGGCAAGACGUGUUCUCGAAAGUGAUUUAUCCUUUACUUGAUUCGACAGAAGGGGAUGAAUCAUCUGUACUGGCUUUGACAUCACUUGGAUCGAUCUUUGGGAACUUCUUGAUGGAUAUCACGAAACUCAGUUCGUUCGAAGAGAUAUAUCGAAAGUUUUUAGAAAGGAUGCGUAAAGCUUGGACCGAUGAACCUCGGAAUUGUGGGACAGCAGGACUGAAGGCUCUUGAGAAGAUCUUGAUAUCUUUGAAAGGUCAUUCGCAAAAUAUCGAGCACAACAAAUUUGUGAUAGUGGAAGACACUUGGAAAACCUUGUCAAUUUUAGGUCAAAGAUUCACUGAAGGCGAUAUGUAUACACAAGAUAAUUUGAUCAAUCUAGUCAAGAUAGCUUCAUUAUUACAUGAUCAAAUAUCUUCAGAUGAUACCAACAAGCUGAAUGAUUUAUCAGUAAUCUUGAGAUCGAUAAUGACUUACACAAAGUCAACGGAUUAUCGACCUGAUAUAGAUACUUUGUCGCCUUUACAAUCUUCUAUAUCAACGUUAAUAGCGAAUUCAAAGAAGUUUUCAAAAAGUCAAAAACUACAUGAUCUAGCGGAAUCCACAUCAUUAGCAUAUAUUGGUGUAGGAGAAGGUGUGGCUUCUGGAAGUGGAGUAAAGUUGACUUAUGUAGGAUUGAGCAAAUGGUCUAUGCCAAGAUUGGCUGAUAUUAUCAAAACCCCAUCGAGAGGAAAAGGCAAAGGAAAAGAGAAAGAGAAAGAGGUAUUUGAGGAUGGCACUAUCGAAACUGUUCUGGGAGCGUAUUCAAUACCCAUUAAAUUGAAGUAUGAUUGUCCGUCGCCCAACAAAUUUGGAGAAGAUCCACCUUUAUGGAAAACGGCUAUGACAACCUUCGUGGCUAUACUAGAUAUAGUGAUGUCGACACUUGAAGUGGAAGACAUAACGUCGGAACGCUUCGAAGCGAUUUGGAGUCAAAUAAUGGAGAUUUUCAGUGGAAUUUUACUAGCUGAUAGCUCCGAGGAAGUAUCGUCCGACGAUGAAAGAUUCGUUAUUGCUCAUCUGACGCAUUUACGAUCCGUCAUUAUCCCUCACAUGGGCGACGCUCGAAUACCGGAUCGAGUUAUCAUACAAUUAUCAGAGGCUCUACGAAAAGCAUCUAGUCUGUGCCAUUACGACACCAGGAUCGACGGAGGAACGACCGCACCUGGAAUACCGGAGUCUCAGGAGGAACUGAGAUAUUGGGCAUUGGAAUUGCUAGUGUCUCUGUCAACCAAGAAAGAAACCGAUGGGAGUAAGGAGAAAAGAGUGAAAAACUUGUCUGUACCUUCUUUGAUGACAAGGUUUGGAAGUACUUUAAGUAGAUGGUUGGAAGAUAAGAAACUCAGAGGUCAUUUACCGUUUGGAAGGACAAGAGAAGAAGAGAUAUUAUUCGUACUUAGACAUCUUGUUACCAUGAAAAUAUGGGAAGGAAGUCUCUCAGCAGAUGACCAAGGAUCGGAAACCCUAUCUGGAAUAUAUAAGACGUCUCCCCGAUCUCAUCUAUUCCACUUCUAUCCACUCUUACUCCAAUUUAGCUUCUUACCUCAUACCCCCUCAAUGUGGAUAUUCCCAUCUGAACAUGCUCAGCUAUUCGCCUCACCACAUGUGGGACAAGGAAAUGACGAAGACGUCGGGAACAACUCACAAGAAGCUGGCGCAGUAGAUACACAAGGAGAAGAAGAUCAAGUAAGUGCGGGAGAUGGGGGUGAUUUGAUCGAAGUAAAUGCUGGAGAAUUGGCUAGAAGAUGCUUGGAGCUGAUCGGAGAAGAAAUGGGACUAGGUGUACAAGGGAGUUAUUCGGUCAGAUAG